AUGUCGUGGAACCAAGGGGGUCAGUAUGGCCAUAACCAGCAGGGAUACGGUCCCAAUAAUGGCCAAUGGAAUGCCGGCCCUAACCAGUGGCAAGGGGCAGGUGGCCAAUACCCACCACCCUCCCAGCCCUAUGCACGAUACAAGGCUAAAACUGAUGAAUACGGCGAACGAUUCAAGCCUAAGAAGAGAAUCAACGAUAUUCCGUUUUUGAUACUAUUCAUCGCCCAGGCAUGUUUCUUUCUUGGAUUUGCCGUGGUGUCGGGUAUUGCUCUACAAAGCUGGGUCUCCAACGGCAGCUUAUCCAGCGGCGGCGUCGGUGGGGGUCGUCAAGGGGGCACUAACGUAACAUUAAACUCCCACACCAUCUACCUUCUCCUGUUUGUAACUGCUGCCGGUCUGGUGUUUUCCACCAUCUACCUAUUAUUAGUCCGCGCCUUUACCAGCGUGAUCCUUCAGAUAACGCUGGUUUUGAGCGUGGCAGCCAAUAUCGCCAUCGCGGUAUACUAUUGGGUCACCAAAUAUUACUCGGGAGCAAUCAUAUUUACUAUUAUCGCCGUCUUUGGCGUGCUCGCGUACUUUGGUAUGCGGAGUCGUAUACCUUUGGCAAGCCUCAUGCUUCAGGUGGUGAUGGACGUCUCCAAACACCACAAGAGUGUUUACGUAGUUGCAUUCUCUGGCUUGAUUACUCAGGCGGCGCUCAGUGUAUGGUUUGUGUUUACUGCUAUCGCUACAUAUGCCAAGUGGACCCCCAACAACGCCACUUGCCAAAACGGCAGUUCUUGCUCGUCAGGCACAGUUACCGGGCUUAUCUUCUUCGAGCUGUUUUCGUACUUGUGGACUUCCCAAGUUAUUGGUAAUGUCUGUUUGGCGACGAUGGCCGGUGGCCCUUAUGGUGGAUGGUACUACUUUGGGCCGAGCAGCAUGGGUCAAAUGCCAAAUAACCCGUCUCUAUCGGCCUUUGUUCGAGCUUCCACUUUGUCAUUGGGAUCGAUUGCAUUUGGGUCCUUGAUUGUCACAUUACUUGAACUAUUGCGUAUUAUCCUCAAUUCGAUCCGCGCCAACGCAGCGGAAAGCGGGAGUCCCGUCGAGGCGGCACUGGCUUGUUGUGCCGCAUGCUUUGUGGGAUGCAUCGAGUCUAUGGUGGAAUACUUUAACCGAUACGCAUAUAUUGAAAUAGCACUCUAUGGCAAACCGUACAUCCCAGCUGCCAAAGACACUUGGCGCCUGUUCAAGGAUCGUGGUAUUGAUGCGCUGAUCAAUGACUCCCUCACAGGGAUCGCCAUGACGUGGGGCGCGUACCUGGUUGGACUUCUUUGCAGUCUUUUCGCCUAUGUCUAUCUGAGACUUACCAACCCGGGAUAUAACGCCGAUGGGCAAUAUACUGCCCCGGUCUUAUUGUUUGCAUUUGUCAUUGGUUUGCAAUGCUCCCUUACAUUGGCAUCAGCUAUCGAAGCCGGUGUUUCUACGAUCUUUGUCGGGCUCGGAGAAGAUCCUCAUAUUCUAGCCGAGCGAUCUCCUGGACUUUUCGAGAUGAUUCGCGAGACUUACCCGGACGUCGUGCGUCCCGUGGGCGUUUAA